CACUCCCCACACGCACUAUGCCGCCCACCCUCGUCGCAGUCGGCUCGGGAAACCCAGUCAAGGUAGCUGCAGUCUCUGCUGCCUUUGCCGCCUCCUUUCCCGCAGCAUCGCCCACCGUCGCCGCCUUUCCCGUCCCCUCGGGCGUGCCCGACCAGCCGCUCGACGACGAAACUACCCUGACCGGCGCCCGCAACCGUGCCAUCGCUGCUGCUGCUGCCGCCGCCGCUGCUCACGACCUUCCUGGAGGCGCAGAUGAUGCCGUGCUCUACGGUGUCGGCCUCGAGGGUGGCAUUGCCACCACCGGCGAGCUCAUGGAGUGCUAUGCGUGGAUGGUCGUCGUCGAGUGGGACGCCACCGCCGCCGCCCCGCGCCGCUCCGGCGAGGCCCGCACCGCCUCGUUCCAACUUCCGCACACCGUCGCCAAUCUUCAAUCCGAUGGCGCCGUCGGCCUGCUUACCCACGGCCUCAUCGAUCGCACCGCCUACUACGAGCACGCCCUCAAGCUCGCCCUCGUCCCGCUCGUCAACCCGGAGCUCUUUGAGAGCACGUCCUCCCCCGCCGCCCUCGCCUCCACAGUCACCAUGGUCCGCCCGGCCGCUUUUGCUGCAAACCCAGAGACCGCCGCCUCAAACGUCUUCCAGGCCUCCAUGGACGGCCUCGACGACACCGCCGUCGCCGCCGUCGCCGCAGACGCCAAGGCCGAGUUUGACGCCAUGGUUGCCGCCCUCGUCGCCGCGGGUGUCACUGUCCAUGUUGUGGCCGACUCGCCCGAGCCGCACACCCCGGACGCCGUCUUUCCCAACAACUGGUUCUCCACCCACGCCCCGCUCGCCGACGAUGACGCCCCGCAGGUCGUCAUCUACCCCAUGGAGUCGGCCCAUCGCCGCAAAGAAGUUCGCAUGGACUUCUUCCCGCCCUCAGCCCGCAUCCUCGACCUCCGUCCCCAGCUGGACGCCGCCGACACCGUCCUCGAGGGCACAGGCUCCAUGGUCCUCGACCGCGCAAACCGCAUCGUCUACGCCUGCACCUCGUCGCGGACCCAUCCAGACACGCUCAACAUCUGGGCCUCUGCAAACGGUUACGACUCGGUUGUUGCCUUUGACGCCCGCGACGCCGCAAACAACGCCCCCAUCUACCACACCAACGUCCUCAUGUCCGUCGGUGCCUCAUUUGCCGUCAUCUGUCUUGACGCCAUUCCGGACCCUGCACAUCUCCGCGCCGUCUGUGUCUCGCUCGCCGAGUCAGGCAAGGAAAUCAUCCCCAUCUCACACGCUCAGAUGGAGCACUUUGCCGGCAACAUCCUCCACCUCGCCACUGCUACCGGCUCGGUCAUCGUCCUCUCCACCACCGCUCACGCUUCCCUCGAUGCCCACACUCUCUCCCGCCUCAGCGCUCACUGCUCGGCACUCGUCCCGGUCGCCAUCCCCACCAUCGAGCGCUACGGCGGCGGCUCUGCUCGCUGCAUGAUGGCCGAAUGGUUCCUCGACUCACCGCCGGUCACAAAGUAGCUCCUUCUCGUUUACUUCUUCCGCCGGCCCUCCAGACGAGGCGCUGACCCGCGCCGCGGCUUCCGCCGCGC